GCCAUUAGCGUCAAUUUUUAUUGUUGUUAUAGUGCGUGCUCGCUACAGACCCUAAUUUUCAAAGAAAACUCCACUUUGCAAAUGUAAUUUACCGGAAAAUUUCUCGUUUUUCCGAAGUUCCUUUAACGGUGCAUCUUUAGAGCCUUUUAGCUAGGGCCCCGGUGCAGUCACAACAGAGAAAUCCGAGCUUAAAAAUGGAUGCUGAGACUGAACCUUUGACAGAUCAAAACAGCCCCAAGCAGAAAUCCCGUUCCCCCUCAGCGGAAUCAAAUCGCUCUGCCUCCCCUGUAGCUAAUUCCCCCCGAAAAUCUAGAUCCCGAAGCCCAUCUGUGGGUAGUAACAAAAGCGGUUCUAGAUCUAGAAGCCCUUCUGCACAAAGUAACAAGUCUAGAUCAAGAUCUAGAAGUGGAUCGGUUAAAAGUAAUGCUAAAUCUCUUAGCAGGUCUAGGUCUAGAAGUGGCUCUGCCAGGAGUAAUGCGAGUAGAUCCAGGUCUAGAAGUGGAUCGGUUAAAAGUAAUGCAAGUGGUAGAUCGCACAGCAAGUCUAGAUCUAGAUCACGAAGUGCUUCUGCAAAAAGUAAUGCAAGUGGCAGGAAUUCUAGAUCCCAUAGUAGAUCUAGGAGUAAAUCAAAGUCUAGGUCUAGAAGUGGCUCGGCAAAGAGUAAUGUGAGCGGAAGAAACUCUAGGUCCCACAGUAGGUCCAGAAGCCGAUCUAGAUCAAGAUCCAGAAGUGGUUCAGCUAAAAGUAACGCUUCUAGAUCCCGCAGUAGGUCUAGAAGCAAAUCCAGAUCAAGGUCCAGAAGUGGAUCAGCUAAAAGUAGAAAUUCGCGAUCCCGCAGUAGGUCCAGAAGUAAAUCUAGAUCCAGAUCAAGAAGCGGAUCAGCCAAAAGUAGAAACUCUAGAUCGCGCAGCCGGUCUAGAAGCAAAUCUAGAUCCAGAUCGAGAAGUGGAUCGGCUAAGAGCAGAAACUCUAGAUCCCGCAGCCGCUCUAGAAGCAAAUCUAGAUCAAGAUCCAGAAGUGGAUCGGCGAAAAGUACACGGAGCAGCCGAAAAUCCCGAUCCAGAUCUAGAAGCGGAUCGGCACGGAGCAAAUCGGGCUCCAGAAGUAGAUCUAGAAGCGGCUCGGCGAGGAGCAAAAGCCGAUCUAGAUCUAGAAGUGGCAGUAGGGCCAGUAACAGAUCUCGCUCCGGAUCGAGAAAAUCCAGAUCGAGGUCAAGAUCCGCGGAAAAAUCGGGGGACGACGAGGGAGUCGUGGCGGCGAAACCAGCGAAACGUCUGUUGGAUUCAGAUACGGAGGACGAGGAGGCCGCUCCGAAGCCCAAGUCGCAAAAGGUGCUGGACAGCGACAACGAGGAGGAGGAAGGAGAGGCUGGACCGUCGAAACCUCCGGAGCAGGAGGAGGGACAGGAGGCUACUGGAGCCACUGCCCCCCAAGACGACUACGAUUCUGACGAAGGAAUUGAUCCUAAUGCCCGGGACGGUAACGCGGACGGCAUAUCCGACUUCGAACUGAUGAUGCAACGCAAGAAAGAGGAACAAAACAAGCGCAGGAAGAAGAAGGACAUCGAUAUAAUCAACGAUAACGACGACAUCAUCGCGCAACUUUUAGGCGACAUGAAACAGGCGGCACAAGAGGACCGCCGGUUAAAUCAGGAACACAAGCCGGCCACCAAGAAGAUCGCCAUGCUGAGCAAGGUGAUGUCGCAACUAAAGAAACACGAUCUACAAUUGGCCUUUAUCGAGCACGGGGUGCUUAACGUGCUGACCGAUUGGCUGGCACCGAUGCCCGAUCGUUCGAUGCCCUCCUUACAAGUGAGGGAGGCCAUCUUGAAGCUCCUCUCAGAGUUCCCGCCGGUGGACCAGCAAACGUUGAAGCAGAGCGGCAUCGGGAAGGCCGUGAUGUACCUUUACAAGCACCCGAAGGAGACCAAGGAGAACAAAGAGAAGGCCGGGAGGCUCAUUAGCGAGUGGGCCAGGCCCAUUUUUAAUUUAUCCACCGAUUUUAAAGCUUUGAGUAAGGAGGAGAGGCUGCAGAGGGACAUCGAGCAAAUGGGAGGGAAGAGGAGGAGGACGGACGAGCAGUCGGAAAAGGAGCGAAAGGAGCUCGCCAAGGCAUUAAAUGCCGAUGGAAAAAUAUCGGACUCUGGAAUCGCGCACAAUCUAGGAUGGAACCUGGGCCCCGAGGACCUCAUCCACAUCCAGGAACACUGGCUCAUGUACCCAGAGCCGGACAAGAGCCUCCAUCUACUCUUGGGCAUGGUCUAUGUGUUCUUUUUUAUUGCCGCCAUGAUCGGAAACGGGUUGGUCUUAUGGAUAUUCAUCACGGCCAAAUCGUUGCGUACUGCCUCGAACAUGUUCGUGGUCAAUUUGGCUUUUUGCGACUUCAUGAUGAUGCUGAAGGCGCCGGUUUUCUUGUACAACUCCUUCCAUUACGGGUUCGCCUUGGGACAUACGGGAUGUCAGAUAUUCGCUGGCAUGGGUUCUUUAUCGGGAAUCGGGGCAGGGAUGACGAACGCCGCCAUCGGUUACGACAGAUAUACGACCAUAACGCGCCCUUUCGAUGGAAAACUCACCAGAACUAAGGCCUUGUUGAUAAUCCUGUUCAUUUGGGCAUACACCAUCCCCUGGACAGUGCUGCCCGCUAUGGAAAUCUGGGGGCGGUUUGCCCCUGAGGGGUUUUUGACUGCCUGUUCUUUCGACUACUUGACCAGAACGUUCGACAAUCGGCUGUUCAUCGGGACUAUUUUCACUUUUUCUUACGUGAUCCCCAUGCUGAUGAUCAUUUACUUCUACAGCCAAAUUGUGGGGAAGGUGUUUAGUCACGAGAAGGCUUUGAGGGAUCAAGCAAAAAAAAUGAACGUGGAAUCCCUGAGGGCCAACCAGCAACAGAACGCGGAAUCCGCAGAAAUGAAGAUCGCGAAGGCGGCUAUCACCAUUUGUUUCCUCUAUGUGGUGUCCUGGACUCCUUACGCUGUCCUGUCCCUAAUCGGGGGGUUCGGGGAUCAGUCCCUCCUCACCCCGGGAGUGUCCAUGAUCCCCGCCCUAAAUUGCAAACUGGUCGCUUGCAUUGAUCCUUACAUAUACGCCAUCAGUCACCCUAAGUUCAGGAUCGAGCUACAGAAGAAACUGCCGUGGCUAGCGAUCAAAGAGAAAGACAUCAGCGACACCCAGUCGGCGGUGACUGAAAACAGCGCGGCUCCCAACCCCGCUACUUAAUUCGGUACUAGUCAGACGCGAGUGCACUCGUUUCUUGUGGCAUAUGGGCGAGUGCGCACGCGAAGUUGUCAAUUUCCUUUUUUUUUCAAAUCCCUGUAAUAAAUCAAUAAAUCCCUGCUGAAGAA